AAGACAUCAAAUUUAGAAAUACAAUAAGAAACCACCAUGUCGGAGGAGAACCACCAGCGCCGCCGCCACCACCACCACAAGGAGGAGGAAGAAAAUAUCCCCUCCGAAACCACCCCAUAUUCCAAAUCUGAAUUCUCCAAAAAUUCCACUUACUCUUCUAACCUCUCCGAAAAUAAAACCGCCACUUAUGGCGGUGGCUACGGUGAAUCAAAAAAUAAGGCCGACGAAUAUGACAGUGAAAGUUACGGUGAAGAUAAGGCUGGCGAAUAUGGAGGUGACUUUGGUAAGUUCGGAAAUAAGGUGGCCGCAGAGUAUGGUGGUGGCUAUGGUGAGUCAGAAAAUAAGGCCACAGAGUACGGGGGUGGCUACGGCGAGUCGGAAGAGAAGGUAGGCGAAUACGGUGGAGGCUUCGGUAAGUCUGGAAAUAAAGUCGCCGCCGCGUACGGCGGCUAUAGUGAGUCGGGAAAUAAGGCUACUGAAUACGAGGGUGGGUACGGUGAGUCGGAAGAUAAGGGAGAUGAAUACGGUGGUGGCUAUGGUAAGUCUGGAAAAAAGGCCGCCGCCGAGUACGUGGGUGGCUAUGGUGAGUCGGAAAAUAAGGACACUGAGUACGGUGGUGGAUACGGUGAGUUAGAAGGUAAGUCUGGACAUAAAUCCGCGGAGUACGGUGGUGGGUACGGCGGGUUGGAAGAUGAGGGCGGUGAGUACGGUGGUGGGGAUAGGACAGAUUACAAAAAGGAAGCGGAACAGCACCUCGGCGAGAUCGGUGUUGCAGCGGCCGGUGCCUUCGCUUUGUAUGAACAGCAUGAGUCAAAGGAAGAUUCAGAGAAUGGACACGGGCACAAGGUAGAGGAGGAGGUAGCGGCAGCGGCGGUGGGGGCCGGUGGGUAUGCAUUUCACGAGCGCCACAAGAAGGAAGAGGCAAGAAACCAAUAUGAAUAGACCCAUGGAAGAAAGAUCAAAUAAUGUCCAUUUAAAAGGUUUCUAUCAAAUAUAUGGGUUUUUAAAGCUUAUAAAAUAAAAAAAUGUUGUGUAUUUAUCAUAGAAAUGUUAUGGCCAAUGUUUUAUAUGUAUGUUGUAUAAUGUGUGGUCUUAAUAUUUUUUAGUGGGUGGAGUUGUAAUGGACAAGGUGUGCAAUAAUACUUAAUUUAAAACUCGAAA